AUGCUGAAGGGUGUUUGGUUGCUCAGUUUGUUAACAGUGGCUGGGAUCUCACAGACAGAGAGUCGCAAACCUGCUAAAGACAUUUGCAGCAAGAGCCGCUGCCCUUGUGAGGAGAAGGAGAACGUGCUGAACAUUAAUUGUGAAAACAAAGGAUUUACAACCGUCAGCCUCCUCCUGCCACCUCCAUCCAAAAUAUACCAGCUGUUUCUCAACGGGAAUGCACUGACCCGCUUGUUCCCCAAUGAGUUUGUCAACUACUCCAAUGCGGUGACCCUCCACUUGGGCAACAACGACAUGCAGGAGAUCCGUACAGGAGCCUUCAGUGGCCUCCGCACACUCAAGAGACUUCAUCUCAAUAACAACAAGCUGGAAGUCCUGAAGGAGGACACGUUCCUGGGCUUGGAGAGUCUGGAGUACCUGCAGGCUGAUUACAAUUACAUCAGUGCCAUUGAGGCAGGGGCCUUCAGCAAGCUAAACAAGCUUAAGGUGCUGAUUCUCAAUGACAACCUCCUGCUGUCCCUGCCCAGCAAUGUCUUCCGCUUUGUGCUCCUCACUCAUCUGGACCUGCGGGGGAACCGGCUGAAGAUGAUGCCUUUUGCUGGUGUGCUGGAGCAUAUUGGAGGCAUCAUGGAAAUCCAGCUUGAGGAAAACCCUUGGAAUUGCACCUGUGACUUGCUGCCACUGAAGGCCUGGCUAGACACCAUCACCGUGUUUGUGGGUGAAAUAGUCUGCGAAACCCCCUUCAGGCUUCACGGGAAAGAUGUGACCCAGCUCACCAGGCAAGAUCUCUGCCCUAGGAGAAGCUCCAGUGAUUCAAACCAGAGAGAAAAAAACCCUGUCCUCUCAGACCCACAUAUCUCGAGGCUUUCGCCCACAGCCAACUCUGCCAUCAAUCCUACCAGAGCACCAAAAGCUAGCCGGCCACCCAAAACUAGGAAUCGCCCCACACCCCGUGUCGCUGUGUCAAAAGACAGGCAAAUAUUUGGACCUAUCAUGGUAUACCAGACAAAGUCUCCUGUGCCCAUCACAUGCCCAGCUGGUUGCAUCUGUACUUCACAGAACUCAGACAAUGGCUUAAACGUGAACUGCCAAGAGAAAAAGAUAAGUAACAUCUCUGAUCUCUACCCUAGGCCAACCAGUCCAAAGAAACUUUACCUUACCAGUAACUAUCUGCAAGUCAUUUAUAGAACAGAUCUCAUAGAGUACAGCUCUCUGGAUUUAUUACAUCUAGGAAAUAACAGAAUUGCAGUGAUACAAGAAGGUGCCUUUACAAACCUCACGAGUUUACGUAGACUUUAUCUUAAUGGCAAUUACCUUGAGAUUCUGUACCCAUCUAUGUUCAACGGGCUGCACAGCCUGCAGUAUCUCUACCUAGAGUACAAUGUCAUUAAGGAGAUCCUGCCACGCACCUUUGAUGCUCUGAGUAAUCUUCAUCUGUUAUUUCUCAAUAACAACUUGCUCAGAUCCUUGCCUGAUAACGUAUUUGGUGGCACUUCCCUCACCAGACUCAACCUUAGAAACAACCAUUUCUCACACCUGCCUGUGAGAGGAGUCUUGGACCAGCUCUCAGCUCUAAUUCAGAUAGACCUCCAAGAGAACCCUUGGGACUGCACAUGUGACAUCCUGGGGCUGAGGAACUGGAUUGAGCAAGUCACUGACCAGAAAAAACAGCAGUCGAAUCCCCCUGUAGUUAUCAACGAAGUCAUAUGUGAGUCUCCAUCCAAACACUCUGGAGAGCAUCUGAAAUUCCUAAGCAAAGAAGCCAUUUGCCCAGAGAACCCCAACUUGUCAGAUUCUUCUCUCCUCUCCAUGAACCAGAACACAGAUAGACCCCAUCUUGGUGUCUCACCCAGCUCCUACCCAGAAAUACACACUGAGGUGCCACUGUCUGUCUUAAUUUUAGGCUUGCUGGUUGUGUUUAUUCUGUCAGUCUGUUUUGGGGCAGGCCUGUUUGUCUUUGUCCUUAAGCGCCGGAAGGGGGUGCAAAGCAUGCCCAGCAGCGCAAACAACUUAGAUAUAAGUUCAUUUCAGCUCCAGUAUGGGUCUUACAAUGCUGAGACCCAUGAUAAAACUGAAGGACAUGUUUAUAAUUACAUUCCUCCUCCUGUUGGACAGAUGUGCCAAAACCCAAUCUACAUGCAAAAAGAAGGGGAUCCAGUUGCCUAUUACAGGAAUCUCCAUGAAUUUAGCUAUAGCAAUCUUGACCACAAAAAGGAAGACCCCACCAGUCUCGCAUUUACAAUCAGUGCAGCUGAAUUACUGGAAAAGCAAUCCUCACCACAAGAACCAGAGCUUCUGUAUCAAAAUAUUGCAGAAAGGGUCAAGGAACUCCCUGCUGGAGGAUUAGUUCAUUAUAACUUUUGCACCUUACCCAAAAGGCAGUUUGCCCCUUCAUAUGAAUCAAGACGCCAAAACCAGGACAGGAUAAAUAAAACUGUUUUAUAUGGAACUCCCAGGAAAUAUUUUGCAGAACAGUCUAAACCCGAGCAUCCUUUACUCCAAGGAAAGCUACAAACAGAACCAGACUACCUCGAAGUUCUGGAAAAACAAACUGCUAUCAGUCAGCUGUGA